AUGUGGACGCGCAUGGCGCUCCUCGCGGCGGUCCUCGCGGUAGCGCGAUCCGCAGAUGUUGCCGGCGUAGCCUAUGCCUCCGAGCCUUGGGAGGCGACCUUCAGCAUUGACCUGGACGGUCGGGAGGGCGGCGACCAGGCCAGCUUCAGCGUCCGUGUCCAUCCGGAGUGGGCUCCGGAGGGAGCCAAGCGUUUCCAGGACAUGGUCCAGAGCGGCGAAGUGUUGACGGGAGCACGCUUCUUCCGUGUGGUGCCGAAUUUCAUGGUGCAGUUCGGCAUCCCCGGGAACCCAGAGGUUGCCAGCACCUGGCGCAGCAAGACCAUCCCUGAUGACAAGGUGAAGGAGAGCAACAAGCGCGGCUACAUGACCUUCGCAACCGCCGGCCCCAACACCCGCACCACGCAGCUCUUCAUCAACACCGCUGACAACGGCUUCCUGGACAGCCAGGGCUUCUCCCCCUUCGCAGAGGUGGUGGAGAAUGGCAUGGAUGUCGUGGACCAAAUCCAGAGCAAGUACCGCGAGAGGCCCAACCAGGGCCAGAUCCAAUCCCUGGGCAACUC